AUAGACUCGGACUGCGCGCCACUCUUACACAUCCAGAAGCUGAUAGUGUCGGCCAACACGAGUGCACGACACGCGCCGAUUGUGGUGACGGGUCGGGAAGGUGUGGGCAAAACCACACUUCUGUCGCAAGUGUUUACGUACGCCAAUGAAUGGCUGGUCGGCGGCGACGAAGUCAUACGUAUUGUGCGACACAUCGGCCAAAGUCCCGGUUCCCGGUAUAUGUCGGAACUGUUGCGCAAUCUAUGUCUUCACAUAUCGUUGGUGUUUGGCUUCGAGGCCCAGACGACCAUCAGCUAUGAACUGUCGGCGCUCUCCAUAUGGUUUCAGGAUUUGCUCAAAAUGAUCGAAACGACGGCCGAGAACUCGGAUCUGAUCAUCAUUUUGGAUGACAUGCACCUCUUGUGGUCGUCGCAAAUGACCUCAUUGUUGGGUUGGAUGCCAUUCAAUCUGCCGCCAAAUGUCCAUCUCAUCUGCUCUGUGGCCGAAACCGCUGACGACGUCCUAUCGCUGUUGAAGUCACGCAUAAGUGCCGAUAAUUUCAUACGAUUGGCGCCCAUAUCGUCGGCGACCAGUUUUGUGUCCACUCUUCAGUGCAAACUCAGGGACGGAAAGCACAGUCUGACUGCCCAUCAGUGGUCUAUUAUUAGAGAGCGUUUCUCCAACUCGUGGUUCAAUCAGAUCUAUUCGUCACCACUUUAUGCCACUCUCUUGUCGUCGACACUGUUCUCCGACUGGGAGUCCUUCUACGAGCCGACCAUAGCCUCCAUUCCCAGUGAUAUCAGUGGUGUCGUCGCCCACACUCUCAGUGACUUAGAGGAGCGGUUCGGCUCGUCGUUGAUCCGUAAGAUCUGCUCCUAUCUGUGUUGCACUCUAUACGGUCUCCGAGAGGCCGAGAUCUUUGAUCUGGUCCUCAGCGACGACUCGGCCGAAGCCAACGCCAACACAUGGCUGGCCAUCAAAGAGCGGUUGAGUCCACUCUGGAAGCAAUACUAUGUUUUGGGCCGAAGUUAUCUGAAUUGGAAGAACCAAUGCAUCGGCGAUACAAUACGACACCGGUAUCUGAAAUUACCGCAAAAAGUCAAAUCCAUUCAUCAGGAAUUGGCCAACGCUUUCCUAUCGGCAUUCACUGAGGCAUUGAAUGAAUCAAAUGGUGUCCGCAAAGAGACAGAAGUGGUUCGAGAGGCGGACGAACUCUGGUAUCACUUCUUGAAAUGCGGUGAUCGACACAGACUGAAGGAAAACGCCAUUUUGAACAUCGAUUUCCUAAUGACUAUCGUUAAGGGAAAUUCAAUCAGUUAUUUGCGGAGUAUUUUGGAUUUGGUUAGGAGUCAGAUACUCGACUGGGAGAUUGAAUUGCUCUAUAAUAUGACCAAACAAUCAGUACAUGUCGUCUCGCAAGACGCCAAUCAAUUAGCGAUUGAGAUACUCCUAUGGCUCAAACCAUUCACCAUAACCACAGCCACCGCCGCCCAAGAGAUCAACACUAUUAGCCAAAUAAACACCGCAUCCAUACCUAUACCGGAGCCAUAUCUCACGCAAUUGGUUAACGACACGUACAACUGGUGUAAUAACUUGAAGACACCGAUACUCAUACCAUCCAACUCGUGGCUAAACCUACCGAUGCCGCCUCAAGUGGCCAUGAUCACUUGCUCCUGGAAUAGCAUUAGCCGAGCCGUGUCUACACCCGACUCCCAGUAUUUGAUCGCUUGUGAGGCCAAAAUGAUUCACUUUUAUAACUUGCCCUUAAAAUCAGUCAUCAAAUCAUUUGAAGGCCAUCGGUCAACGAUAACAUGCCUUCAAUUGUCCGAUUCUGGCAAAUGGUUGGUUACGGGCAGUGAAGACACUAACGUUAAUCUAUGGGAAAUAGGGUUUGACACAGAGAUAUCGUGUAAAUUAAAACACAGACUAAAUCAUCACAUCGCGGGAGUGCUGUGUGUUGUGAUCACACACUCGGAGGAGAUAAUACUGAGCGGAUCGGAGAUCGGGGCCGUCUGUGCCGUGAGUCUGGACUCGGGCACAAUCGUGGCCCGACUCGAGCACCACAAGGGUAUGAUCACGUGUCUGGGCGUCAACAGCGGUGACGAUGUGUUUGUCACGGGAUCUACCGAUUGCUCGGUCGCCGUCUGGAGUCUGGAGACCUUUUGCAUACUCAAUGAGAUCCAACUCAAUAAACCUGUCCUUCAUAUGGAUAUAUCCCUCGACUCCACAUUCCUAUUGCUCGCCUGCGAAGACAACUCGGUUCACGUCCGGGCGCUCACAACCGGCACUGAUGUCCACUGUCUUAAGGGCCACUCGUCCGGCGCUGUCAUAUCUUAUCUGCGGUUUGCCGAAGACAACUGCCGGUGUAUUCUGGGCUGCGGUGACGGAAAGCUACACAUCUAUGACAUCCAUUCGGCGCGACUCAUGCAAACACUGACCGCACACACAGAGAUGAUCACAGCUAUACUCCCGCAGCCCAACGACCGCUUCCUAUUCACGUGCGGCGGCAAUAAGAUUGUGAUCUGGAAUUUCAUGGCCAAGAAAGUGGACAAAGACGUGUUGGCGGCGGCGGCCGCCGCAACGCUCGCGGCCGAGACCGCCGCCCAGAAGGAGAACGAGAAGCCCCGCUCCAGACCCUCGUCCCGGAAGAAGAAGAAAGUGGACAAUCAUAGAGAGCCGAUCACAUGUGUAGCCGUUUCCCGUGACGGCGCUCUCGCGGUGACCGGCAGUCGCGACUAUUUGGUAAAGAUAUGGCAGUUGAGUACCGGCGAGACCCACACCACUCUCGAGGGACACACCGGUGCAGUCACUUGCGUUGACUUCGCGCCCAACGGUUUGUUCGCCGUCUCGGGCUCUGAGGACAAGUCUUUGCGCGUUUGGGGACUCACUUUAGGCCUAAUUGUGUCGACAUUUAACGAACACCAGAAUAGUAUUGUGACCGUCAAAGUGACCGCAGACUCCCGACGGAUCCUAUCGGUCGAUAGUAUGGGCGUUCAUAGGCUAUGGCAGGCGGACAACGGCUCCCAACUGGUGGUCACAACCAAACCUAUUAAUAACGUCACACUUCACGCCAAUACAGUGUUUGCCGUUUCGGGUAAAAACGAUAAUAGUGUGAGAUUUUGGUCAUCGUUUGAUUGCGAUAACGAGAAGACAGUAUCGCAUUCAGAGCCCAUCACGUGCUAUACGUGCGCAUACGAUGGCCAGACAAUAAUCACCGGCUCUCAGGACAUGUCACUCAAAGUAUGGGAAGUGACGAGCGCUAAGUUGACGCAAGUGUUGGUCGGCCACGAGGGCAGCAUCUCAUGCGUGGCCACCGCACCGCUCAACUCGAGUCUAGUGAUCAGCGGUUCUCAAGACUGCAAUCUGAUUGUGUGGGACAUGACUACAGGGAGCGAACAGUUCACUCUCUCCGGCCAUAACGCGAAUGUAAUGCAAGUGAAGCUAACGCUGGACGGCUCGUCGGCGGUCUCCGCCUCGGAGGACAACACACUGCAAGUGUGGGACACCAAGUCGUCGGGCUGUCGGCUGGCCAUCAUUGAUAUGCACCACAACUUCCAGUCGCUUUCAUUCUCACUCAAUCUGAACACAUUUGUUAUACUAUUGGCGAACAAUCAAUUGCUUCCAAUCAUACGAUACCACAACAAUCCGGCGAAAGACCUGACGCUAGACCUGCCGCCGGGCACUCCGGCCGGCGACGACAAACUGCCGGCCGCGUGGCGGGGGAUUGUGCCCCGCGAUGGCCGCCAACGGGUGAUGAUGAGGGGUAAUCUGAAACGGGAGCAGUCGUUCGACUCCUUCUAUUGGGACCAUCUCUUACAUCGGGGACAGAGUGUCGACGAUUUCCGCAAAAUCUCGGCUCUGUGUCCGCCGGCGGCCACUCAGUCGCCGAUGGGCUCCCGCGACAACAUAUGGGACGGCAGCCCCAUAUCGGGCGGCGCUCUCACGGCAGCCGAACGCACGCCGCAGAUCCGACCGCAGAGAAUGAUCUCCAAACUGAUUGGUCCCAAACAGAAGAUGCUUAAGAAGCAACAGUCGAUGUUUGCCUGCUUUUCUGAGUUCACGGCUCCGGGCGGGCCCGCCAUCAUCAAAGCCCAGAGUCCGCUCAUCAGCUCACAGAUGGCUAACGAGUCAUCCAACCCUAAACUAUCGGCGAUGAAAUGUCUGCCGCCAUCGGUUCGUCCAUUUCUGGGACAGGGAUUGCAGGGGAGGUCGCGGUCUAUGGAGGAAACGGAUGCAAACAAUUCGACAUCGAAAGAGUCGAAUCCAAACGAGAGUCUAAUUAAUGUGAAAGAGUCCGGUGUUUGUAUAGUUAUGUGAUUUUUUAUAUUCAUUUCAUAUUUCGAUUGCAUUUUUAGUAUCGAAAAGUUUUUUUGGUUUCAUUGAAUAAGUAAAUGCAUGUAUUUAUUGCAUUAAAUCGAU